AUGUCCCUAACCUGCGACGCUUGCUUAAAAGCCAUUCUGCCCGACGGACGUCACAUGACGUGUUCAUCUUGUGGGCAUAACCUGCACCUAGGAAAAUCCUGCUCCGGUAUCGCGGAGUCCACGUUUGCUGCCAUGAACGCCGAGAAGAAGAUAAAGUGGACAUGCAAAAUCUGCCGCACUAAGGGUGCUCGCUCCGGUGAGGAAGCAGUCGACGUGAACUCCGAAGUGAGGUCAUUAGACGAUUCCGGCCAGCUCGGAGCACAAAUACAACUGAUGAAUCGGAAGCUAGACUCCCUCCCUUCCCUCAAGGUCAGCGUUGAUUCACUCCUUGAGCUGCCCGCUAAAGUGAGCGAACUUCUGCUUCUCAAGCCAGUCAUAGAACUGCUGAAAACCACCGUUGAAGAAGUGCAGAUUUCGAUCACGGCAUUAGGCAAAAAGUACGAGGACCUUUUAAGCAUGACAACUUCCCAUGCAGAAGAAAUGAAGGAUCUGAGGAUGGAGAUGGGAACGCUGAAAGCUACGGUCUCUGAACAGGAGCAAGUUAUUCAGCGCUUAAAAAGUGAAAUCAACGAGAGUGAACAACACACUCGCCUUCAAAACAUGGAGGUACAUAGCCUGAAAGUUGCUCCUAACGAAAGUCUUGCCUCAGCCUUGACUGGGCUGGCACUCAAGCUUGAGUUGACGGGGCAUCAACCAUCGGACGUCGUAACAGCAUACAAGAUACCAGACAAACGUGCCGAAACUCCAGUCAUUUUGGUCAGCACGAGCACCAGCACGACUGUGCCACGGGCCAGCUGUCCCCCUCCCGAGAUUUUCUUCAACGGCUCGCUCUUCCAGACGGACGGCAGAGAGGAUUUCGGCAGUGUUUACGAAGUCCGCUUUAUGGGCCUCUUCGGAGGCGUGGACAAAAAGCGAGCGUGCAAGAUCAAGUGCAUCAACGGGCUCUGGUUCGGUCCCCUCUGUGCUGUAGAAAAUCAGGUCGGAGAUGGCGGUCGCUUCCACUCGGUCCUCAAGUCGUGCGCCCUGCGGCCUCCCAAGCCCAACGUGGUGGUGCACCGCGACGGUCGCCCUUUGACCGUGUCCGGACUCACCCAGAUGGCUCACGAGACGGUGCUAAGCUUCCGCUGUGUUCAGCUCGGCAUGCACAAGUUCGUGGGCAACGCCAGCGUUCGCUGCCUCAACGGCCACUGGUCAGCUGCCAUGCCGACCUGCCUGGUCACCUCGCAGCAGAGCAACUUCUCGGUUCAGGUGCCCCCGACGAUUCUUUACACCGUGGAGAAAGGCGACCACGGCGUUUCAGAGACUGGAGAGUUGGUCGUCCACCCUGAGACCAACGUGUACCUCUACUGUCUCUACCAGAGGUUCAGCGGAAAUCCCCAGUGGACGUGGACAUCUCAGAGGGACUACGCCAAGGGCUGGAUCUUAUCGGCGGACGAGAAGCAGUGGCGUUACGAGCUGCUCAUCUACAAGGCCAAAGAGCGAGACUCCGGCACCUACACCUGCACCACACCCCGCGGACAGACCAACGAAAUCCAUCUCACAGUCAAAGACGUGGCCUGUCCUCCGAUCGAAGGCUACGGGGACGAGAACCGCGUGACGAGCGAGCACGGCAACCGCAUGCACAGCAAGGCUAAGUUCGCCUGCAUGGAGGGCUACAACCUUGUGGGCUCCGAGGAGGUCCUGUGCAGCCCUUCGGGACGCUGGUCCGACAAGGCACCGCACUGCGUAGUGAUCCAAUGUCCGGAGAUCCCAAACUCGAACCACCUCCGGGCGAGCACAGUGAAUCGGACGUACGGCAUCCGUGUCCACUUCUCCUGCCCGCUCAACUACAGGCUGAUGGGCCCGCCCUUCGUGACCUGCUGGAAGAACGCGUCCUGGUCGGACACGCCUCCCAGCUGCGAACCGAUCCGGUGUCGGACGCCGCUGCCCCCUGCCAACGGGCGGGUCCUGUACGGAGGCCGGCAGUACCCGGGGGACAGCGUGCAGUACACCUGCAACGCCGGCUACGUCCUCAUCGGCGACUCGGUGUCCGUGUGCGAGGCCAACGGGACCUGGUCCAAAGCCGUCCCCAAAUGCAAGCCUGCCUGCGAGUUCCCAGGUCAGCCCGCGCACGCGCGCCUUCUGCCGUCUAAGUUCCACUACGACAUCGGCGAGGUGGCGCUGGUGGCCUGCAGCCCGGGCUACCGGCUGCUGGGCUCGGCGCGGCUGCGCUGCUCGCGGGACGGCCACUGGUCCAGUCCGCUGCCCCACUGCCGCCGGCUGCUGGCCGUGCACAAGUAG